GCACUCUUCAAAAUAUUAAAGUCGCGUGUAUUCAACGCGGACAGCCAGGUUCGCCUACUUCAUGCUGCGCCGUGAACCUUCUCCGCCCCAUCAUACCUUCUUUCUAGCAAUUCGCCGUCACUGAAAAUGAGAGGAGAAUACUGUGUUGGAGGUGCAUCCUUUCUUUCGUUUGCUGCAAUCUUGCUAUUGAUCUUUGUUCAUGUUGGGCAAAUCAAUACCUCACUUGUUCCACAUGGAAUUGCAAUGGCAAAAAUCGACACUUCAGGGUUCGGCCAAGCACUGUCUCAGUCCACCUAUGUUCAGGUUAUUCAAGGCCUAUAUACCACCAAUUAUACCUCACCACUCGGCGAGCGGAAUGGGCUAAGGCAAUACUACGAGUUCGGCCUCUAUUCCUAUUGCGCAUACGUUAACAGCUCUGCUGGAACAUGCACCAAUCACACCAUUGCAGACAGCUUCGUGCCUUAUAUUGCAAUUACGUCCGACAUGGCCCAAAACUACACACAAUACUCUGAUUCAUGGUUUGCUGGCACAACCUACAUGAACUCAAGCUACCUGGGUUACAAUUCUCGCGUUGCAUACUACUUUAUCCUCCUCGGGACCAUAUUUGCAACUAUCGCAUUGUUCACCGGUGUAGCAAGAACGGCACUCCUGUUCUUUAUUUCAACGGGGUCAUCGAUAGUGGCCGCGCUGUUCAUUCUCAUCGGCGCUGCCAUCUGGACAUCCAUUGUCAAAGAAUGCGAGAGCAUAAAUACCCUGGAUGUCGCGCACGUCAAUGGCACCAUUGUUUCAGGCAUGUUUGUGUCCUAUGGGAAUGGAAUUUACCUUUCGUGGGCGGCCUUUGCCUGUUUGGCCGCAGCUACAGUGCCAUACAUGGUUAGCUGUUGCACAUUCCGAGGAUGAGUAUUUGAUGCUGGCCAUCGCCCUCAGAUUUCUGUCGUAGACUUUUACGAUAAGCAAUAACCUAUCACGAUCAGCGAUGCGGCUGUCCUCGUGAGCAUCAUCAAUGAAGACAAUUAGACUACGACUAUGUAUUACAAUUCAAUUUAUGACGAAAUGAAAUAGCAAAGUUCUUCAUGCUCAAGAAA